UCGUUUCUCUUGUGUGCCGUCCCGAGCAGUGCGUCACUCGUUUCAGCGCACUCCCAGCGGCUCGGAUCUGUUUCUGCUCCUUGCCUGUUCAGCACUCAUUGCCGGUUCAUUUCUUUUGCGCGACACCGACUUCCAAUUCCCCAGCGCGUCCGACUGGGCUUCCAAUCGCUCGAAAACUGCUCGAAAGAAGAAAAACCAGCGCCUCGGUUACACGACACGACGCCCGAGCCCGGCAUCGCCUUGGGCAUUUGUUCGACGACAGCGACAUCCCUGCUUUUAAUCUAAUCGAUCUGUUUCUGUGGCUUCAAGCCCUUGGGGAGCGACAGACGCACAAGGAACCAUGCGACAGUCCGCCGUGGUUGCUGCCCUCCUGGGCGCCGGAUCGGCCUUUGCGGCUGCGACGUGCUCGCUGACCAAGAAGUGUCCCAAGGAGUCGCCCUGCUGCUCCCAAUAUGGCGAGUGCGGCGUCGGCGCGUACUGCCUGGGCGGCUGCGACCCGCGAAUGUCCUUCUCGCUCGACUCGUGCACGCCCGAGCCCGUGUGCAAGUCCAAGACGAUGACGUUCGACUCCAAGCUCAGCACCAUCGCCGACAUCAGCGACUACCUGGGCGACCCGUCCACGGCCGAGUGGAUGGCCCAGGGCGAGCCCGCCUACUACAACGGCAACGUGCUGCUGACCAUGCCCAAGAACAGCGUCGGCACCGUCCUGGCCACCACCGAGUACAUGUGGUACGGCAACGUCAAGGCCAAGUUCAAGACGAGCCGCGGCCGGGGCGUCGUCACGGCCUUUAUCCUCCUGUCGGACGUCAAGGACGAGAUUGACUAUGAGUUUGUCGGCGUCGACCUCGAGACUGCGCAGACCAACUGGUACUUCCAGGGCAUUCCGGACUACAACAACUCGGGCAACAUUACCCUGUCCGACACCUUCAACAACUACCACACCUACGAGAUCAACUGGACCCCCGACAUGAUCCAGUGGCUCGUCGACGGCAAGGUCGGCCGCACCGUCUACCGCAAGGAUCACUGGAACGCCACCUCCAACCAGUGGUCCUUCCCCCAGACCCCGGCCCGCGUCCAAAUCUCCAUCUGGCCCGGCGGCCUGGCCAGCAACGCCCAAGGCACCAUCGACUGGGCCGGUGGCGAGAUUGACUGGAACGCCCCGGACAUUCAAAAGUCGGGCUACUUCUACGCCACCUUCGAGUCCGUCACCGUCGAGUGCUACAAGGCCUCCAAGGGCCCCGGCUCCGGCUCCGGCACCAGCUACACCUACGACAACAUCGCCGGCACCAACGACACCGUCGUCGUCGGCAACAAGCGCACCAACCUGGCCUCGCUCGAGGGCACCGGCACCGACAUGGACGCCGGAAAGCCCGAUGAUUCGUCCUCGUCCGACAAGGGAAGCUCCGGCUCCGACAACAGCGGCAGCAGCGGCGGUAGCAGCUCUGGCGGAAGCUCUGGCGGCAGUUCUGGCGGCAGUGCCCCUGCGGACACGUCUGGCUGCUCGACGACCAGCUUCAACCAGGACUGCAGCAGCAACAGCGACUCCGGCGACAGCAAGAGCGGCAACAAGAACGCCGGCUCCAAGGCGGGUGUCAGCGCCCUGGCAAUGGGCCUGGCCGGUGCUGCGCUGUGCCUGGUGUAA